AUGGCGCCAAUCAGAGUCUACAGGAUGACCGAUUCCAUCGGGCCGGAGCACCAACAGCUUCUUUACGAGCCUAUCGUACUCGAGCAAGCUCUGCAGGAGGUUCCCCGCCGCCGUGGCAACGUUGCUCCCGAGGAGUUAGAGGACGAAUAUACUACUCUGACGUCCAACGAACAAGCUUUCAGAUGCCUCCUAAACAGAGUCGCUGAAGUCUGUGAAAAUCGAGAUGGCGGGGAGACGGAUACUUCGAUAACGGUCUUCGAAACCGAUGAAGGCCCUCUUUUCAUGUUCGGAUCGAAACAGAGGAGCGCAGAUGACCUCAAGGAGACAGAGGACUUUAUCAAGGAUCUGCUCAACAUUGCCGCUAAUACGCCUGGCAUAAUAAACCAAAAGGCCGUGACGAGGGAGAUUCUCCGUAGGGUCCUUAGGUUUAACACCACUCGUCUAAAACGCUAUCUGAAGCGGUUGGGAUUUUAUUUGAAUGAAUGUGUCGAAGACCCCGAGGUCCGUCUUCCAGAAGAAUUGAAGCUUGACCUACAGAAAUUGAAGGGCCUAGCCGAGUUUUCACACGAGAUUGUGGAUAAGAACAGCCGGGAAAAAUUCCUAAAAGAUUGCGGAAAGCUUAUCAAAGCCAUACAUGUAAUGAAGGGCACUGCACUUGACCUAACGAUCAUACACAGUGGAAAGAACGAAAACCUUUCUGGAGCCAGAGACUGGUACAUGCUACAUCGCUAUCUUGGGUGCCUGCUGGCUUUCCGUCAGGCGACAGAAGUCAUCAGCGAUGUAUUGAGCCGAGCCAAACGAAGCGACCCUUCAAACCCGUUCAAGGGGCUAUUACAGAACGCCAAGGUAACGUCCCGCACCCACAUUUGGGCACCCCCCACAUUUGGGCACCCCAAAAAUCAUGAUGCAUUUCACUAUAUAUCAACUUCAGCCAUUGAUUAUAUUUAA